UCUCUCGACUGCAUUAUGGGUAAAAUCCAAUAUGGAAGUUCAAGGGAAAGACUUUCCAUAUCACUGCAUGAAAACAGCUAAUUUCAGGUCCCUAAACUAAUGUCUCCAUGUAAUGGAAGGAGGACUGGCCAUGUCACAGUCUAGAACCAGCAGCCUAAGCAGAGACCAGCAGACACUGGAGCCAGGCGGGAGGAAGGCUGGGACACCCGCCACAUUGACUCAUUGCUCCCAGUUUGGACCAGUGGCUCAGUCGGAGCCCAGACAUUCAAGUGCCUUUGGCGACCUUGGUGCUGUGGACUGGGAUUACUUCAGCAGUGAUGUUGACCCCAGUGCUGUACAUGGAACAUACGCGCUAAAUGGGGAAGUAAGUCAGGAGGAUUCUCUUGGAGUGAAUGUGGAGACACCUGGGGAUGAUAUGGAGAACUAUUUUAGAUCAAACUUACACUUGUUAGAACAUUUACGUGUACAGGAAGGACCCAGUGGUACAGAGACCUCAGUGAGAAGGAAUAACAUCCAGGUGAUAUCUCAUUCUUUUGGUCAAGUGACUGGGCAGGGGGAUAUUGACCUGGAUGUAGGUCACUCUAAUACAGGUCAAGGUGAAGGCCAGUCGGAUAAACCUAUAAUGCCAAAAUCCUCUUUUGCAACUGUUAAUGGUGGAGAAACCUCGAUGCAAAGCCUUGGUUCUGAAAGACACAGCUGUGCCAUAGAUGGUGGUGAGGAAGAAUUGGAACGAAACUCAAAUGUUGCGAACAUACCUGUUAAUACUGUGAAUUCAGAAGAUACAAAAUGCAAGUCAAAUUCUUCAAAAGGUGGCCAAAUUUUUAAAGGUAGAAAAAAUACAAGUGUGACACAGACUGUGGUGAGGCCUUCGACUGACGGGUCAGAUAAUGAUAAUAUGAAUACUGAUUUAACAACUACUCAUAUGUUUACGCACAUAGGACAUGGGGAAAUACCCACUUCAGAUGAAAAUAACCACAGAUCUGUACUGACUUCACAGGAAACUGCAUCUCGUAGUCAUAAAACUGGGCAUCCUUCAGACCAUGACUUCCAUGGUAGCUGGUCGGAUAAAGAGAGCAAUUUACGGAGUAGAGGAUCUGGAACUCUGUAUGCCACCUUGAAUGGUCCUACAGACCAUGGCAGUUACACUAAGAGGGAACAAGUGACAGGUACAACAGGUGCUAGCGUGUCACCAAGGGAUGCACAUGGCUGUGACAGGUGUGGUAUUCAAGGUGUGCAGGUGACACAUGGCAAUGCACAGUGCCAUGUGUGUAAUGCUAAUGGUUUAGACCCACCUGACAAACAAGCCACCAGUGUCAGUAGCACCAGAACAAGUGUUCACUGUAGUAAUGGUGGUGAUUCUGGUGGCAGUGCAGGGGAACCAAGUAAUACCAGUAGCACUGCUCAGAACCUGGAAAAUGAUGUGCUGGAUUUUAUUGACACAGACAUUUCUAGUCAAGUGUGUAACGGAUUGGUGAAUUCGGCUAGUUACAGGACUGCAUACUCCCUUUCAGUAGACCAGUCUGGCUUGAAUGACGAUUCCUCUUCUGAUGAGGGGUUUCCUCAGCAGCCACUCAAUCUGCCGCUGUCUUUCAGGAACGGUGAUAUUGGUCUAGGAGACGAUGAUGCAGCAUCGUGUAGUUCUGAAGAUGAAGGUUUACCUCGGACUAGACAUCAACACGGAGAGCUAAUGGUGGGUGGUGCUGGUGCCACUGUCCCUAGUGACUCCCAGCAAUUGUCUUGCAAUAUUGUAAAUAGUGGUAGCAGUAGUAGUGGUACCAGUGCUAGUGCCAGGCCUCGUGCCUUCCCUUGCCCUGCUGGCUGUGUGCACUCCUGCAUGUGCAAUAGCCCCAUGCCAAAGAUUCCCAGCAGUAUAGCUAACAAAAGGAAAAACAAUUUCUACAAGGAGCAGCACCAAAACAAUUUAAACGAUGCACACGAGGCACAGGCUUCCUCGAACUCAGAAAGCUACCAGUCCUCCCCCUUUUACAGCCCAGAUACAGACUUUCUUGACUUUGACCUUGAGUGGACAAUGUCAGGGUCAGAUGGAGGUCAUGGGGAGGUGGAUGACCUUGGUGGGGGUCAUUGCUCCAGGGUAAGGGGUAACAUAGACUUUGUUUCCAGAGAACAUGACAUCCAGGAUGUGCUGCAGCUCGAUCCUGCUGUCAGUUUUAACAAUUUAGAUUUCAGGUUCGAGGAGUUCUCCUCGAGUCACAGCUUUGAGCAGUCCAAUGUGUCGAGGCAGACAUCGACGUCGAACUUUGACAAUGACGAGAACAGCUUUCAGUUUGAGAUCCCCCAGGACCUGGAGGAAAGCGAGCAAACGUGUCGCAAGGAGAGGGAUGGAGACAGCGACGAGGAACAGCUGGCAGCACCAGCAGGCUGGGCUGAGCAGACGGCAAGGCAGCUGCACAAUGUGAACUUUGACCAGGGUGACCUUGGGGGCGAUGAGAUUCAGUUGCUGGGUUUCUUAGAGCGCCAGGAGUUGUUGCAUCCUCUGCCUGAUACUGAUGAUGAGGAGGAGGAAGAGGAAGAUCUAUAUGUGGGAGCAAGUGACAAUAUUGAUGAUGAGGGCAUUGGUGGCAAUCUGGGUCACAGUCAGCAGUCGGAGCAACAGAAGCAGCAGCAGAAUCACAUGAUACAGGAGAAGCAACAGGACCCCAAAGUGAAGAAAACAAUGAUAUGGAAAGAGUACGAAGCGUUGUCUCUACAAGUAAAACAGAUUGGAACCUCGGCUUGUGGACCAACUGCUGUUAUUAAUGUCCUGCAAGCGUUAAAGGUAGAGAUGGACCAGGAGAUGGUGAGCAGUCGGAUCAGGGCUCGGCUGAGGGCAGAGACGGCUCCAGUUGCUGAUUAUCUUCUCUCCAGGAGUGUGGCAGGCACCACAGCAGAAGACCUGAUAGCAGGUAUAGAGCAGGUUACAGAGGGUCGGGUCAAGGGAAGGUUCUUCCAAUUCCACCCCCACCAAGACAUCAAGCUACUUCACUGGCUGAGUGCCUGGAUUUGUAAAGGUGCUGUUCCCCUCGCCACCCUCAACCUCCAGUGUGGCACGCCCCCUGGUGGCCAGAGCCUGAUCCCAGACGCCUGGCAUCACCAGAUGGUCUACGGAGUGGGACCAAAAGGUAUCUAUCUAACCAACCCUCUAGAGCUAGUCCCUGAAGAGACCGUGCUGGCCCAGUUAUGUUGCGAGUCCCUGCUGCUGAUCCGCAGGGAGGACAUUGUGAAGAGGUGGAGUGUAGACUGUGAUCUCAGACCUCUCCUCACCCAGGCUGACCCGAGAUGGAGGACGCUGAAUGUACUAG